AAAAGCAGCCUGUGCUACCUUUCCUUCCCUGAUUCUUACUCAGCUGUGAUAGGCGCCAGCACGCCCGCGACCCGCGUGAGGAUACGCCGUCCAGAAAAUGGCUGGCCGGACGGACGGACGGACGGACUUUCCCCCCGCAAUACCUUUUGGACAUAAUACCGAUUGCCAGCUCGUCAUUGUCUCUCCGCCUCAACGUCACCACACUGGAACUCUCUUAGACCUGUUCCAAGCAGCUCAGACUCCAGUUUCAUCUUGAAGGCCAAAGUGUUCACAAUUUCAUAGUCCCACUUGUCUUGUCUUGUUUUUAAUUCCCGUGUCGUGUUGUAAAUUUUUUUUUUAACCUCAGUUUGUUUGUUUUAUUUGUUUUGUCCUUUUGUACUGUGAGAAGUACCUUUUUAAAUAAAAUCUAUUGUUGUUAUAGUUGCUGAUGGUCUCGCUUUGUUCCCCAGGAUCCAUCGGGGACACUCAAUUCAGCUUCAGGAUGCGUCAGUCAGUCGGUCGCAGCCGUUCCAGACUCGCAGACGACGUUUACAACAGAGACGCCGCUGCCGCCCUGCAGAGCGAAGCGUCUCAUUUCUACGGUUACGUUUACUUCCGACAAGUCAAGGAUGUGUCGGUGAAGCGGGGAUACUUCCAGAAGUCUCUGGUUCUGGUGUCCCGGCUACCUUUCGUGCAGCUCUUUUACGCCGUGCUGCACGUCGUCGCGGCCGACUUCUUCCACCAGUCGGAGCCCUCCCUGGAAACAGUGUGCAAGCAAAUGGACCGGUGGCCUUUCCUGGCGCCUGGACUGACCUUGACCCUCCCCCUGAUGGAUGUGGUCCUACAGGUCAGAAUUCCGUGCCAGAAUGAAAAAGCGGGAAGUCCAGUGAGGGCCACGGCCAAGGAGUCUCUAGGCAUCAGCAGCAACAGCUCCAGCAGAAAUACUGGCACAUUCAUGAAUAAUGCGGUACCAACACGGACUCUGCUGCCUUCCGUACACGAGCUGGACCUCUUCAGGUGUUUCCAGUCGGUCCUGAUCCAUCUGCAGAUGUUGUGGGAACUCGCGUUGCUUGGCGAGCCAUUGGUCAUCAUGGCGCCAUCCCCCACCGUCUCCUCGGAAACUGUUUUGGCGCUCGUCAGCUCCAUCGCGCCGCUCAAGUUCUGCUGCGAUUUCCGUCCUUACUUCACCAUCCACGACAGCGAAUUCCGAGAAUACACCACCAAGACGCAGGCACCGCCCAACGUGAUUCUGGGUGUGACCAACCCUUUCUUCAUCAAGACCUUCCACAACUGGCCUCACGUGCUGCGACUGGGAGAAACCACUAAGAUGUUAGGUGACGUCCCGAAGCAGCUCAAGGUCAAGAAAGUGGCCAAACUCAAGACGCUUGACCCCAAACCAGGAGUGUUCACGGCAUACAAGAGCUUCCUCCUCAAAGACAAGGUCCUCAUCAAACGUCUGUUGAAGGGCAUCCAGAGACAGAGGCCGUCAGAAGUGCAGAGCGCCAUCUUGAGGAGACACUUUUUAGAGCUGACUCAGAGCUUCAUCAUCCCGCUGGAGCGCUACAUGGCCAGCCUCAUGCCGCUCCAGAGGUCCGUGACACCCUGGAAGACGCCCCCGCAGAUUCGUCCUUUCAGUCAGGACGAGUUCAUGUCAGUGCUGGAACGAGGCGGCCCUCAGCUGACCUCUGCGCUGCGAGGCGAUUGGACGGGACUGUACAGGAAGUUCUUCAAGUCUCCCAAUUUCGACGGCUGGUAUCGCCACCGUCACCGGGAGAUGACGCGCAAACUGGAGAGUCUACACCUGGAGGUCAUCUGCGAGGCCGACCUGCUGGGAUGGACUCUGGACAAAUCGGAAGUAGAGAUUGUGGACUUGAUUCUCAAGCUACGAGAGAAAUUGCUGAAAGCUGGAAGGCUGCAGUUGCAGGUGAAAGAUGACAUUUUCAACAAAUUGGAAUCGUUGAUCACAUCCAUCGGGAGCUCGCUGCCACAAGACCUGCACGACGUCCUCAACGCACACGCACGCACACGCAAUCACUCUCACUAUAUAAGGGCCACGGCAGGUCAGUGAAUGUAACACGAUUCGAUGCAGUUGUAUACAAGCUACUGUAGAGUGGAAACGUCAUGUACAUCAGGUCAAAUGUCUACAAAUCGUAAAUAGUCCAGAUUAAAUGAGACUCGAGCAUUUAUUGGAAUGUUUGGCAUCCUAACAUUGAAUAAAAAUCUCUUAAUUUGGAAAAGACAAUAUACAAAUCAGAUGCUUGAGAAAAGUCA